AUGUCCGAAAGCAUGGGGCCUGGUGAAGCUUUUCCAGCAUUCGAUUCCGAAGUUGCUGUGGAGUCGUCCGACAGCUCCGUUGAGGGUCAGCCUAUCCAACGGCGCCAUCGUCGCAAUCGAGCGUCAGUCACUCAGGACGACCUCGAGCAGUUUCGUGCGGGAUACUUGGGCGUUAGCCGCGAAACUCUGCGCGACAUCCAGGCUCAACGAGAAGCACAGGAGCAGCUUCCAGCCCUGGAUGCAGCAUUAGCCAAUCUGACGAUGUCGACUCCAAACAACGGGAGCACACCCGCUACAGGCACCGACUCUAGUCCCGGCUUCGCCAACCUUUUCGAUAACAGCACUCCGAGCAUGUCUAACGUUCCGCGGCCGAACCACAUCCCGCUUCCACCUAGCCCGGCGGGCAGUCAGAACGGCGCCACCGGGGGAAUGGCAGGAAUGGCGACAGGAAUGCCAAUGAAUGCAGGUCAAGAAAUGGAUCUCAACUAUGUUUACCAAAUGAUCACGGAGUUGAGCGAAGUUCUCGCGCACAAUCGUGACACCACAAAAAAUAUCAUCCGGGCCAGUGAAGAACUUGCUAGGCGUGCUGCUGCUGAAGGAACCGCUCCCAAUCUGCAGCAGGUUAACGGAGAGAUUGCUUCCGCUCGCAUCGCUGAUCUCGAGAAUGAAGUUGCCAAGCAGAAACGUGUCAUCGAUAUACUUAAAUACGAACAGAUGGAAAAUAUGAAGUUGAUUGGUGAAUACGAAACCGCUGUUGGGACCAUGACCGAACAGAUUCGCAACUAUUGCUGCAACGUCAAUGAUCACUUCCUCGCUCAGAAGCGCCGCUACAAUGACCUCCUUCAAGAGGAAAAGGACGCCCAUCUCCAGAGCCGUUUGGAGCGCGACUACUGGCAUUCUCAGACUUUGCGAUGUGCUGAGAUGAUCCGCACUGCUUAUCGCCUUCGCUGCGAGGAGGAAGUGCUCCCCAUUCGAAUCGUUGCGGGACUUCAGAACGAAGUGCGCGCCCUUCGUAACGCACUGGGUCUGGACCCUGAAAAUACUGAAGAAGAAUAUGGCUGGGAAAUUCUCAAGGAUGCUCCACCUGGCGUCGAUUAG